AAGGCUUUUCUGUUCGGUUGGAAAGGAAAAGCUAAAGACAAAAUACACAGAGGAGAGAACAAUUCUACCAGUGAAGGAAGAGAGAGGGAAAGUCAUUCCGCUAAAAUACUAAAAAGAUGUCUGUUUUGUUGGGUUGAAUCUCUUAACCCUGUUCUGGCCAUCACCAUCAUUAUGCAUCUCGUACAGCCUUAACUUACUCUCCAUUUCCAUAUCUCUCUCUCUCUCUCUCUCCACUUUCUCAAAAUCUCAGUUGCUCCUUUGGACCCCUCUCUCUGCGAGUCUCUUGUUCAUGUCUUUAUCUUCUGGGUUUUGGUGAAAAAGGCACGGAAACUUGAGUCCCAGCAUUCAAAGUUGACACUUGCUCUGUGAUCUCUGUUUGGUACUCUGUUUCUCAUCUGGGUCCAUCUGGAGUUGUUCGUUCACGAUGACUGUGGAGGACCAAAAAGGUGGUUUGGCGGGUGAAGAUGUAGUACGGGACUGUUUUCCGUUGGGUAUGCGUGUUCUGGCUGUGGAUGACGACCCAUUUUGCCUCAAAUUGUUGGACACCCUGCUUCGUAAAUGCCAGUAUCGGGUUACAACAACUAACCAGGCGGUAAUGGCUCUGAAAAUGUUGAGGGAGAACAAAGAUAAGUUUGACCUUGUUAUCAGUGAUGUGAAUAUGCCUGACAUGGAUGGUUUUAAGCUCCUUGAGCUUGUGGGGCUCGAAAUGGACCUACCUGUCAUUAUGUUGUCAGGCCAUAGUGAUACCCAGCUUGUGAUGAAGGGAGUUACUCAUGGUGCAUGUGACUAUUUGUUGAAGCCUGUUCGAAUUGAAGAGCUAAAAAACAUAUGGCAACAUGUAAUUCGAAGAAAGAAAUUUGACUCCAAGGACCAAAAGAAGUCCCUGAAUGAAGACAGAGCUCUUCAUGGUACUGGUGACAGUGGACAGGGGUUCGCAUCGACAGGUAAUGCAGAUCAGGAUGACAGACUCAGUAGGAAGCGGAAGGAACAAAAUGAAGACGAGGAAGAAGAAGAUGAAGAAAAUGAACAUGAGGAUGACGAUGCUUCAAACCAGAAGAAACCUCGGGUAGUUUGGUCAGUAGAGCUGCACAGAAAGUUUGUUGCAGCUGUAAAUCAAUUGGGACUUGAAAAGGCUGUUCCUAAGAAAAUUCUUGACCUGAUGAAUGUAGAAGGGCUUACGAGGGAAAAUGUGGCUAGCCAUCUGCAGAAGUAUAGACUCUACCUGAAAAGAAUCAGCAGUGUGGCAGCACAGCAAGCUAGUAUGGUUGCUGCAUUGGGGGGUAAAGAUUCCUCUUACUUGAGAAUGGGUUCACUAGAUGGAUUUGGGGAGUUUCGCUCGUUGGCUGGAUCAGGAAGGCUCCCAAGCUCAGCUUUAUCAUCAUAUACACCAGGUGGUAUGUUUGGUAGACUAAACUCCCCUGCAGGUUUGACACUUCAUGGAAUUACUUCUUCUGGACUUGUACAACCGACUGGUCAAAACUUGAGCAGCUCCAUCAAUACUCUUGGCAAGUUCCAGCCAGCUCUAUUGCCUUCAAACCAAAGUGCAAGUUUAUUUCAAAGGAUUCCUACAUCAUUAGAGCUCAACCAGUUGCAACAGAACAAGUGCACUACGUGGAUCGGAGAUUUCAAUCCCAUUAAGGAUUCAAGAGGUUUCACUGUCACUACUAGCUUCUCUGACUCGAGAGUGAAUGUUGGUAAUUCACCCAGUUUAUUGCCCAGUCACUCAAGCAAUUCUUUGGUGUUACGAGGGAAUCCACAUCAAGCGCACAAUGGGGGAGCAUUUGGAAGUCAAUCUUCACUUGGAGUGGCUUCACUGACUGCAGAUGCUUUUGAGAAUUGCAGUGGUGGCCCAUCUAAUUUUUUGGUUCAUAAUCAGAGUAAUGAAAGCUGGCAGGGUACAGUUCAGUCAUCCAGGUUUUCAUCGAAUGCUUUGCCAUUGAAUGAGCCUUUUAAUCAUGAUCAAUUGCCUUCUAAUAACUUGAGUAUAUCUUCUACCAGCCCUCAUAUUGGUAACAGUUCAAUUGAUUUUCCUUCAACAAGUGCCGUUUUAGCCCCUCUAGAGGAUUCAAGAGGAGAUAUUCAAUGCCAUGAAGGCAUGAUUGGUAGUGUCAUCCACAAUAUGAAUUACCCAUCAAAUCAAAACUGGGAAGAACAAAAACAGGAUUACAACCAUAACUUGAAUCAUACUGUCAGUGCCUUAAAUUCUCUGGUUCCUGCCAAUGGUAUAGUGAAUCCUUUGAGCCAGAGUUUGGACCAAAAUACUGCAAUCUCCAGCAAGAGUUUUGAUGAGUCUUUGAUUCCCCAAUUACAUGGUGGUGCUCUGUCCCUUGAUCAAAACAGUGAGGUUGAGAGAUAUGCUCUAGGCACAAAGAUGCCCAAUGAGGACUACCUCUUUGAGCAAACAAGGUCACUGGAUGGUAUCACUCAAAACAGUUUUGGUUCUUUGGAUGAUAUAAUGAAUACAUUGAUGAAACGGGAACAGAAUCAGACGAUGCUGUGUGAUGGGGAAUUCGCAUCUGAUGCUUACUCUCUUGGGUCGUGCAUUUGAGAGUUUUUUAAGAUAAUUGAAGGGCAUCAACGUCAUAAAUUUACUUCUCUUGGAGGAGCUUGUAUCAUUAUGUAUUUUCUUCAUCUUUUUUUAUAUUUAUUAUUCUCUUUGUUACCAAAUGUUAUUUUCUGGUUACAAUUGCUAAUAUCAAACCUUUUUCUUAAUUAA